UCCACUUUUUUGGUUUGAGAAUCUUAGAAAAUAGUGAGAAAGAGAAAAAAGUAUUAUUCCUAAAAUCAUGGCUACUCUUUCGUUAACUUGUUCUUUGCCCCUUCAACCACCUUCUUCUUCUUCUUCACAAUCACAAUCACGCAAAUUGAUUGAUUCGAUUGUUUCAACUCCAUUUCAGUAUAACAGUAGCAGCACCACAUCUAGUAAUGGUAGCUUAAAGCCCAUUGUAGUUGAUGGGGAUCCGCCCACUUUCGUCUCUGCUCCCGGUCGCAGAAUUGUAGCAGUUGGAGAUUUGCAUGGAGAUCUUGAUAAGGCAAGAUGUGCACUUGAGACGGCUGGUGUGCUGAGUUCUGAUGGUCAAAGUUUGUGGAUUGGUGGUGAGACGGUUUUGGUUCAGCUCGGAGAUAUACUUGAUAGAGGUGAAGACGAACUUGCAAUUUUAUCUUUGUUGAAGUCAUUAGAUAUCCAGGCAAAAGCCCAUGGUGGGGCAGUUUUCCAGGUCAAUGGAAAUCAUGAAACUAUGAAUGUCGAAGGAGACUAUAGAUAUGUUGAUAACGGGGCACUUGACGAGUGUAUAGACUUUUUGGAAUACUUGGAUAAAUGUGAACGCAACUGGGAAGAGGCUUUUGUCAGUUGGUGUGCUGUGUCUGCCAGAUGGAAACAGGACCGGAAGGUGUCUCAAAAUUAUUGGGCUCAGUGGAAUUUGGUGAAGCGGCAAAAGGGUGUAAUUGCAAGAUCAAUCCUGAUGAGACCCGGGGGUCCAUUGGCAUGUGAGUUGGCACGACACGGUGUAGUUCUUAAGGUUGAGGAUUGGCUUUUCUGUCAUGGUGGCCUUCUUCCUCAUCAUGUUGCCUAUGGCUUAGAGCGGCUAAAUAGAGAAGUUUCUCGAUGGAUGAAAGGUCCAAGUGAAGAAGGCGAUUCUCCACAGAUCCCUUUCAUAGCCACCAGGGGCUAUGACAGUAUUGUGUGGAACCGUUUGUACUCCAGAGAUGGCCCGGAGCUGGAAAGCUACCAGCUUGAGCAGGUACAAUAUCUUCUUGAAGAGACACUACAAAGUGUGGGCGCCAAAGCUAUGAUUGUAGGACAUACUCCUCAACCGAUGGGAGUAAAUUGUAAAUACAACUGUAGCAUAUGGCGAAUUGACGUAGGAAUGUCCAGAGGAGUACUUGACUCAAGCCCUGAGGUACUAGAAAUAAAAGAUAAUAAAGCUAGGGCCAUAAGGAGCACCAGGGAUUGGUCCAGUGAACUUCAGGUCGCUGAUUACACGUAGAUAUCAUAGAAACCCCAAGGCUCUAUCUUUCUAUUUUCACCAUAACGAUGGUUCAGUUCCUGUUUUUAUCAAGUGAGAAUGACACAACACAGGGGCUUUCGUCUCUUACAAAUGGCAAUGUGAAUUGGUGAAUGAGAGUGAUUUCAACCAUUCCAGAUAACAGGGAACUGUAAAUUGAAAAGCUGGCUCCUUGUAUUCUAUUUGUAUAAAUCGUGUAUAGAGAUCCACUGUAACUUAAAUACUAGUCAGAAAAUACAUUGUGUUCGUCAGUAUAUAGCAAAUCCAAGGUACUGGUAGACUGGUAGUUAACAAUCAUUUGUUAUGCGUACAUUUUAGCCAUUCUCAUAAAACACAAGAUGCUUUGACCA